AUGGAAGCCGAAACUUGUAAUUCUCCUCCAAGCCCACCAGCAGUGGUAGAAGAAUGCUUCGGCUUGUUGAAGCUCUACAGCGAUGGCUCCAUUUCCAGGGUCGAUCCAAAUACCAUUCCAAACUACCGGGUCGAAACCCGCGACGACGGUUCCGCCGUUUGGAAAGAUUGCGUUUUCGACCCGGAAAACAACCUCCCGCAGCGCAUUUACGUUCCCAAAGAUCAUCAUCAUUCUCAUUCAUCUUCCCCAGCAGAAAAGAUUAGGCUUCCGGUGGUGUACUAUUUCCACGCUGGAGCUUUUUGUUUCCCGUCGUUAAACGCGCACAACGUUUGUCUCAGCCUCUGUUCUGGUCUUCAGGCGAUUGUGAUCUCGCCUUUCUUCCGGCUGGCGCCGGAGCACAGGCUCCCGGCGGCCGUCGAAGAUGCGCUCGGAGCACUCGAGUACCUACAAAACCAGGCUGCGACGUCAGAAAAAACUGAUGCAUUAAUUUGCGGGGAUUGGCUGCGUCGUGAUGGGGUUGACUUUGACCGGGUUUUCAUUUUUGGUGAUUCUUCCGGUGGUAAUAUAGCUCACCACUUGGCGGUGCUUCUGGGUGCGGGUUCGCCUGAUCUCCGGCCUAUCAGGGUUCGUGGAUAUAUAUUAUUGUCGCCGUUUUUUGGUGGCGUUGAGAGAACAAAAAGGGAGCAAGAGAAUCCACAUGAAGAGCGUUGGACCCAGGAAAUAUAUGACCAAUUUUGGAGAUUGGCAUUGCCAAAUGGAGCUAACAGAGACAACCCGCUGGCUAAUCCAUUCGGGCUGGAUAGCCCAAGCCUGGAAGGUGUCAGUUUGGAUCCGAUUAUGGUUCUAGUUGGUGGAGACGAAUUGUUAAGGGACAGAACAGAAGCUUAUGCAAAUAUGAUGAAACAAUUGAAGAAGGACAUUACCUUAGUUGAGUUUAAGGGAAAGCAGCAUGGUUUUUUCACCACCUGUUCUUACACAGAAGAAUCCCAGAAUUCACGGAUGUUUGCAUUUGUUGAUUCAGACAUUACAGAGGGAAUCAUGUCAGCUAGCAUCGACUCCGAGAACAAAAGAUCCAGAAGGAGGAGGAAGCAGCCCGCAAAGAAGGAUGACUCUGGCCAUGGAAACGAAAACCAUUCUAAUGGUGAAGCUUCAGUAUCAAAGAAGAUUAAGGCCUCAAAGAAGGUUGCCGAAGAUGUUUUACUACCUGAGCAAAGGGCUAUACCUGAUACCCCCCUUCUCCGUAAUCUUGGAAAGCACCCCUCGAUAUAUGCGAGGCUUGGACGGGGUACUUUGUCCCAAAAUCUUAAUUUUCGAGGAGCUUGGCCUACAGCACUUGGAUUGUAUCGUCAAGCACAUGAUGUGUACAAGCAGCUUUUUGUUUCUGCUGGAUUUGGAGAUUUUCUGAAGAUCAAGGCUGUGCAUAUUCCACAAGCAUAUCUUGUGGCCUUAAUGGAGAGGUGGUUUAGCGAGACAAACACCCUUCACUUACCAUUCUGUGAAAUUGGUCCAACACCUAUUGACUGGACAAUGAUCACAGGCCUGCAGUUUAGAGGCAAACCUAUCAGCUUAAAUCAAAAUUUUCAGAUGAAUCAAGCAUUGGAGCUCCUCGGUGUUGAACGUGGAGCUGUUACAGAGGGAAAGAUCCGCCUCAGUAGCAUUACACCAACCUUUGAAGAGGUGAAGCUGGCACCUGCAAGUGAUGAAGCUAAGGGGGUUAUGUUCCGAAGGCUAUUUCUCUAUUUUGUUGGUAGUUGCUUUUUCAACAAUAAUCGGUCUGUGAUUAGUCAUGAGUUUGUGAAGUGCUUGGAGAAUGUUGAUGAGGUUGGAAGCUACGAUUGGGGGGCAAUUACAUUUGCAGCAUUUCUAACUGGGAUGAGGAGAAAAGUUACUGGAGAAACAGGAUCCUUUACAGGCUUCUGGCCUUUUCUUUUGUUCUGGGCUUUCGAGUAUCUGGACGUCUUUCGGCCAAAUAUUACUGGAGGUAAUGUUUUCCCUAGAGCCAUUCGCUGGAGUUGUCCCAAACUACUGGCUUCUGCUGACUCAUCUGAUCUCUUUGCUGCACGCUGCCAGUUGGAUUAUAUUGAAGAGACUCAGGUCACCUGGCAACCUUAUUUAGGUAGUGCGGAAAUUUAUUCACACGACAUGGUACAGACAAUUCUUCUUGCACAAAAACGGGUUCCAUUUUGGAGUGUUGAUACCUGGGAAUACUAUCUUGGAGAAAGAUGUCACCGGCAAUUAGGUUUUCCCUGUCGAGUUCCUUUCCCACCUCCAGCUAAGAUGCAUGGUAAUUAUGAUUUAGUACCAGAGGAUGAGAUAGGAGUUGGGAGACCAGUUGAUAUUCUUCUGAUGGAUGAACAUGUAGAUUAUUCUUCAUGGUUUGCCACUCACUCUAUUGGGAAGAUUGUUGACUUAAGUCAGUUUCUAGGUGGUGUGGAAAUUGGGUCCAGGGUCUUGUCUCAUUGGCUGGCUGUCCACCAUCCAGAUAAGAUACUCGUCCAACGUUCAGAGUAUGAGGCGAUGACAGAGGCCCGUGAAGCUGCUAUUGCUGAGUGUAAAAUUCUUCGAGAAAAGCUGGUGAUGUCUGGCCAAGGGACAUUCCUAGGAAGCUUUCAGCUAUUGUUGCAUGAAGAAGUUAUUGACAUUUUAUGGUCUAUUCAAGCUGGGGUGCUCGGUUUAAUCCUAGGGUUCUUAGUGAGCCAGGGUUUUUACAAUACCAAACUGUGUAAAGUUCUACACGUCAACCCCACCAGAAUGGCUGCUAGGAAGACAGAGCUGCUUGUAGAUAUUGUUGCUUUUGCUUCUGCAAUUGCCCGAGUUUUGUGA